AUGGCUUCCGGAGGUUCAAGCGCAAGGCUGAAGGCAUCUGGCGCUGAAAGCUCCGAUCAGCAACCUGUUUUCAAAAGAUUCAUAAUAGAAUUUGUUAAGGCAUUAGGCAUGGAUGACCGUAAGGCAUUUAGAUUUUGGUGUAGAGGUUUAAUUCCAACUGCAGAAUUGAGUCACAUAGAAGUAGAAGAUGAUGGUGGUCUUUUUAAGUUGAUUGAGUUUUUACAGGAUAAUAAUCAUUUGUCGUUUAAUGAUAUGUCGUUUCUGAAGGAGUUUCUUUCUGUUGCUAAGCGUCUUGAUUUGUUGAAAGCUUUAGAAAAGGCUGAAUUAACGAUCGUUAUUAGUAAAAUCUUGGAUCAUUAUAAGUUUAAUGUUUUCUAUCAAGGAAGUGAUAGUGCUGGUGGCAAUUUUUUCGCUUACGUUGUACAGUUACUAGUUUCGAUUAAAGAAAAAAGUCAAGAACUGGAGCAGGUACGAAGAACUGGAGAUGGAGUAUUGCAUUCAGUCUUUGGUCGUGUUAUUCAUGAUUAUUUACUGAGUCAUGAAUUAUCCUGGUCGAAAGUUACUGCUGUGCUGGUGAUUUUGGCGGAGAUUUCAACAGAAGCAGAUGAAGAAGAUUUACAGGCAACCACUGAAUUACUAGCAGAGAGUAUCAGCAAACUUGGAGGAAUGGUAAGCUUCAAUACCAUCAUUCCUUUCAGUGUAACAAAAAAUGGUGCCAUACCAGUUAACACAACAGCACGUACAGAGAACAAGGACAUCAGAGUGAUUAAUUUGUAUCUGUCAGACAUGAUGGACAAUCAAAAGUGAGGGAUUUGCUAAUGUUAAUAUCUAUUUGUCUGCCUGGGUUUCGGUUCUAUAACAAGAAUUGCCAAAAGGCGAAUUUAACUGGACAGCAGAUUUUCCUGGGGGAAGGGGUCUCUGCACACUUAGGCCACCAGGCUUGUCGCUGACCAUUGUGUGACGUAGCAUCUCAUGUGAGAGUUUUAACAGUUACUCAUUUGAACAUUGUACCCUUUAGGAAGAUUUUCGUAAAAGAAAAAUGAGUACCAUUUUCAAGUCAGGUCUGUAUGGUACCUUCUCAAAUUCCACCAUUAUGAAUAAAAGUAAGCAAGUGAGCCAUUCUAAGCAGGAAACAAUAAGCGUUAUUUUACCCCCAAUCCCUCUGCUCUCCAAAAUAUAGUGUAACUAAUUUGACCUAGCUGGAAAUUCCAAAAAUAUUAUUGUUGUUAUAGGUCAAAAUGCUGUUAAUAACAAGCAGUACAUUUCUCAAUUCUGGUUCUUAAAACUAACAAACCAAAUUAAAUUUAAGUUUUGUUUUUGUCUGAUAUUGCGUUAUAAAGCCUUUCCAACUGUCCUAGUGAAUAUAGAUAUAUUUUUUUUUUGACGUGGUGAUGUGCAAUGAGCACAUUCCCCUGGACAUUCCUUUCCUGUAAGGAAUGCUGACUUUGCACACGCUGAGUGAGAAUCGCAAUAAGAUAAAAAGAGACAUUGGCCGUCACAUUUUAAAUAAUUUAAACUUCGACAUAAAGAAAAAAAACCUUAAAAGCGACCCAUCCUACCGUCUUUUGAAAAUGGCACUGAGUGCCAUUGACAGCUUGACAGAAAUCUUUAUUCAAUGGGUGUACACAAACACACUCCAGCUACAAACACACAGAUUUGCAAUCACGUUUUGGAAGGGAAAAAUCAUCUUCAAGUUUACACAUCAACAAAUAGAGAAGAAAAACCCCACAAGGUACUCAUCAUAGAAUCUUUUGAAGGAAACAAUGAAAAAGCGCAGUAUGCUAACUUUAAACACAUCUUUAUUUAAUGGCUGCCUUCGCUUCUCUUUUAUGACAUAAAUCCCGGGGGAGGAACUCUCUUACAUCAACCCUAUAGAUAUUACUCUGAAAUAGUGUCAAGAUUAGAUGAGGCGGAUGGUGCACUCUUACUACGACUUCCCAGAAAUACCCCUCCGAGAAAAAAAAAUAAACUGGGCUCGCCACAGGCAGCCUAGUUAAAUAGUGAUUGUUUGUAACGCUAAAAGGAGAACUAAGAGGCUAUUCACAUAAUGCCAGAAUGACUUUCAUUCUGAAACCAGUUCAUUCCAUUUCCAUAUGUUUCUCUACAUGAUACUGAAACUACAUUUCGUCCCCGCACAAGUCCUUCUGGAUUUCACUCUGGAUGAAAUUCUUGUUCUUGUGGAAAUUUCAUUCUGGUAUCAUGACCUGAAAACAAAAUUCAUUUGUCAUCGAAAACUGCAAAUUGUGUGGUCUGAAGUGAGUGGUGCAUGCGUAUCGAGCUAAACUUGCAUGAGAACCAUGUGAGUGAGAACACCCUAGCUGAAUUGUUUAAUUUUGUCAUGUAAAUGCAAUACAAACUUCAGUCUGGAAUGAAACUCAUUCUGGAAUGUGAGUUGUUCCCGUAUCAUAUAAACAGCCCCUUACCUGUAAUUCCGUUUCAUGACUCCACCUUAAUUUCAUUAUUUACUAACACAAAGCUACUUGGUUGCUCUCUUGUGUUGGCAAAUGCUUCAGUCGUGUGCAUAAUGGAUGGCCUUGUUCAGCUGGGUAAAAUGGUGCUUUCAGCAUUCCAGUUAAUUUCUUUCAAGUGGGGGAUCAUGUAGACCAUCUGAUGGGUCACCAAGACCACAUGCUAAUUUUCUUCAUCAUAUUUAAAACACUUAUAUGUCAUCUGUCGGGUCAGGAAGCCUUCUUUGUAGGGUCAUUGACCCGAGACCUGUCUCCUAUCUGGAAUACCCUGCUUUUCAGUUGUUUGUUUAUUUUGUCUUUGUAAACAUAAGCAUGCUCAGCAACAGUAGGGCUCCUAGAAAAAGGAGCCUAUAAACAUUGACUCUUUUAAAGUAAUGUUACAAAGCUGCAAAGUAUUAUUGAUAUGCAACUGAUAGGUAUUUUAUUUCUCACUGUUAUUCAUGUUGUUCUUGUUGAAACUAGAAAGCAUUCAAGUUAUUUGUUAACAAGAAACUAAACCUGGAAAGGUAUCACUGUGAAUUAUCAUCCAUGGAAGAAAAGAUCAGGGAAUGCCUGGAGAUAAUAGGAAAUCAAGUGGAAGAUUAG